GAGUGAAAAAAAGGAGGGAACAGGCGGAGCCGUUACAUAAAAAGUAGAAGAACGGCUUGAGUGGUUUUCAGUGGAAUUCAACCCGCAGCAGCAGAAGUUGAGGCGAAGGAGCAGCAGCAACAACACGUAACAAAGCGACCUGUUAACCACUGCGGUGUUGUUGUUUGUUUUUACCUCAGCUGUGACCCCUCCUGACCGGCUAUGACAAAAUGGCCAUAAUCCUGUGCUUGCAAGGGCUCGAUGUGAAGGCAGGUACUGAAGAUAUAAGGAAGUUCUUUAAAUGCCUUUUUAUACCCAAUGGUGGCGUGUACAUAGUGGGAGGAAGUCUCAGAGAGGCUUUUAUUGCAUUUACCACCGAGCGAGAUGCCAAACUCGCCAUGCGGCACACUGGAGAUUUGCUCAAGGGGUCUAAAGUGACUCUACACAUCAGCAGCAUGGAGGAGCUGGAGCUAAAGUUAAAGUUACAGAUGAAGAGGAAGAAGGAGAAGUUGCAUAUGAAGAGGAAGGAUGUGACGUUGCAGACGAAGACGCAGGAUGUGAAGUUGCAGAUGGAAAGGAAGGAGGAGAAGUUACAAAUUAAGAGACCGGAAGAGAAGAAUAAAAAUAAACCCUCCCCCACCCAACAAGGUGUCAAGAGUCCUCAACCAUCCCCGGAUGCAAAUUGGCCCUCUUUGAAUGCACAUGAUCUCAAUACUUUAAAUCUAGCAUCCUCUACUGCUCGGUCUCUUGAUCCCCGCAUUGCAAAACGGCAUCAGCCUUUGCAUCAAAAUACUGCAACUCUACAAACUUCAGUAGUGCACACACUUGAUCCCAAUACUGCCUUUCUCCUCGGGAUGUGCACUGUCCUUCAAAGGCUCCAGUCAUCCAGUCCUGAACAAAACGGUGAGGCGGGGCAAAUGACUGAUUUCCCCAAUGCAGACAGCAAAUCUGUUGCGUGUGAUUUUGUAAGGACAUCAGAACUAACUCUGGACUCAAGCCCCGGUUAUGUCAGGCUCUUUGGUCUGCCAACCUCAGCUACAAAAGAGGACAUAUGCUGUUUUUUCACAGGGUUGGAAGUACAGGAAGCCAUGGUGAAUGUGAAGUUGGGACCCGGCCAUGGCUGCCUUGUGAAGUUUGCAAACGCGGACGUUGCAUGCGAUGCUCUUCAUUUCAACAAUCAGUUCCUGGGGCCCAUCUGUGUGGAGGUACGUGGAGCAACUGAGAAGAUGUGGACCGGCGCGCUUCAGGAAUGUGAAAAUGGCAUGAGAGGGAAGGCCCACCCAAACCCCCUUAGGGAAACUGCAAACCCCAAACAAACAUUCCGUACAUUACCGCUGAGGAAGAGGUGGUCUGACCAUCUGUCUCCAAAUAAACGGAUAAAAAAGCCAAGACUAUACUGUGACUCAUCAUCUACCUUAUCUCCAAGAAUGGACUACAUUGUCAUGGCCUGUAAUCUUCCCAAAAAGAUGACUAAGACUGAAAUAAAGGAAUUGUUUCAAUGUCCAAACAUUGCACACAAAAAUGUACUUCACCUGCUGGACAACGAAGGCAACAGAACAGACACAGCUUUUCUUAUUUUUAACUGCAUUGAGGAUAAUGACUAUGCAAUAAAUCUCAAUGGGUGCCAUGUGGGUUCUGCCAUCAUUGAAGUAUCAUCAAUCACUAAGGACAAGAUGAAGGACAUGAUGGCUAAAACCCAUCCCAGGAGGCGCAUGAGGAUGAAACCAAAUCAAAAGAGGAAAUCCGAUUUACUUAGGACACAGGACGGACAAACCCUACACUCAAAUAUAGCUGCUCAGACGUGCUUGUUUGUUAGAAACUUGCCGUCAGAUGUGAAAGUGAGUCAAAUACAAAACCUGUUCUGCAAGUACAAACCGAUGGAGGAUAAUAUAAAUUUAUUGCAUGACAGCGAUGGCAACGGUAUUGGUGAGGCCAUAGUUCAGUUCAAGUCACCGAAGCUUGCAGCCCUGGCUCAAGGGCUCAAUGGUCAGGACUUAAUGGGGGCACAAGUGCUCCUAACCUGCAUGAGUGUAAAGCAGAUGAAUGACAUCUUGGCAAAAACAUUGCCAUCACUGUAGCCUGACUGAGAUCUUCAUGUUCCUUUCAAGACAUUUAUCUUCCAGCUGUUAUUCUGCUCCACUUAAUCAACCCAUUGAAUUUGUAAACUUUUUUACCUGUCAAAUGUCUUAAUUUUGUUCUGUUAUUUUGUACUGUCAAUUUUAAAAUAAAUAUUGUUUAAACACUG